CACACACACACGGAGCAGAAAGAGAAGGAUGCUCCACUUUCUUCGCGUGUCUCCCCCUCGGAUCUGUGUCUCUGGACUGCGGGCUGAUGCUGAGGCUGAUGCGGCGACUGCGUAACGCACUCCUCCGAAGCAGCAGAUGUGUUACAGCUAAUAGAAAUAUCCUUCCACGGUGACUGCACAGCCUGACGCUUGAAAACAAAUAAUCCCUGCGUUAAUGAGAAGACAACAUGAGGCGUAGAUUACUGAGGGAUUAUACCGAGGUUUCAGGACGUUAAUGCUGUCCAACUGAGGAUCUCGCUGUCGAUGAACUUGUGCGACCGGCCAGACUGACUGAGAUAACCUGGUGUCAUGGAAGAAGAGGAGGAGCCAACAGAGUCUCGUUGAAUCUUUAAAACACACGAACAGACUCCGCCGUCGGUUCUCCUGCCUCAGCACUGAAGGACUUGACAGACCAGUGAGGAUUACGGAGUCGUAGCAAACAGCAGAGUGUGCAGAAAGAGAGAGAGAGAGAAAGAGAGAGACACGAGUGCAGGGCCGAACAAAUGCCUGUUGCUGUCCCGUGAUACAUCCACACAUGAGAGAGCGGGAGCAGCCGCACACAGGGCUGUUUCUAUGGAUACCCCCCUACCCUGCUUUGGAUUAAUACGACUGUCUGAUAUUCUGACUAUCUGUGCGUGAGGGAAAGUGGUGAAAUUAGAAGUGAAUCUCUGCAGCAGACUACAGCAUCAGCUCACAUGAUGUAAAGGAAAGACAUAAUCACAUUUCACGUACAAAGACAUGUCAGGGAACAGAUGAUCAGCUGUUUUCCACUCGGUCGCCUGAGUGGAAAUGUUUCAUUUCUGAUAUGAUGCUGAUAUCACAGUAUUUUACACUAUUUAUAUAAGCCUUUUAUCCACUCAGCUCACACAGUCACUGCAGUGAGGCUGACAUGCAUUCCUUAAUCACGUUGUGGUCAUGUGACGGCAAGUCUGUCUUGUCUGCCUUUGCUGAGUGAAGCAUUUAUGUGAUAUUUUUCAAGUUUUGGGGGGAUCCUAUUUGUUUAUUCAUUCCAAUAAGUGAAUGAAUGACUGCAUUGUAUUGGAUUUCAGGAUUUCCUGUUUCCAAGAUCCCAUGAUUUUGACCAGUAUUGGACCUCAAGUUUCUUCCAAAAUCAGUAAAGAUGUAACAAGUAGUUGAGCAGAAAUGGUGCACAAAGGAACUUCAACUAAGGCUUGAAGAAAAUGAUUCCAUGUCUUUGCCUGUAAAACUGCCACAAUCUUCCACUAGGCGAGCAGUUGUUUUCAUUUUGUGCUUUCCUACAUAAUACAUGCAAACCACCCAAAGAAAAAGCAGGUGUCUCAUUAUGAUUCUGGAAUCACCAGCAAGAUGUUUUAUUUCAGACAAUGUGUGAAUCCAUGAAAUGCAUCAAACCACUUGAAAUGUAUCCAUCGUCUGUCUCUAACGCCGCACACUGAGCUGCCAUGGCCAGACAGGACACUCCUCUCUUCCUCCACGGCUUUGACCUUAGUGGUCACUUUGUUGACCUUCGACCUCUCGGCACUGGAGUCACGGGCCUGGUGCUCUCGGCUGUGGACCAACGUAAUGGACGGCGUGUGGCAAUUAAGAAGCUGGUGAUGCGCGAUGCCGUGACGGUGAAACAUGCCCUGCGGGAGGUCAGGAUCACCCAUCGGCUGCGCCACGAAAACGUGGUGCAGGUUCAUGACGUCUUGGCGCCAUAUGGACGCCCGCUGCCCCGAGACCCGACCCAGCUCAGCGCCCUCUACAUCAUCCAGGAAUGCAUGGAGACAGAUCUGGCUCGGCUGCUGGAACAAGGACCACUACCCUCAGGUCACGCUACUCUGCUUUUCUACCAGCUGCUGAGGGGACUGAAGUUCAUCCACUCGGCCAACGUCCUGCACAGAGACCUAAAGCCUGCCAACGUAUUCAUCAACACCGAUCAACUGCUGCUCAAGGUCGGAGACUUCGGGCUGGCCAGGAUAGUCGACCCUCACUAUUCUCACAAGGGCUAUCUGUCUGAGGGUCUCGUGACUAAGUGGUAUUGUUCCCCCCGUCUGCUCCUGUCCCCCAACAACUACACCAAGGCCAUAGACAUGUGGGCCGCAGGCUGCAUACUAGCCGAGAUGCUCACUGGACGCAUGCUGUUUGCAGGAGCUCAUGAGCUGGAGCAGAUGCAGCUGAUUCUCAACACAGUGCCGGUGCUGAGAGAGGAGGACAGACAGGACCUGCUGCAGGUGAUGCCUUCAUAUGUCAAUCAUGGUUGGAGGGUCAAGAAACCCUUUUCUGAACUGCUGCCUGAAGUGGACGUUCAGGCUGUGGACUUCCUCGAGCGUAUCUUGACAUUUAACCCCAUGGACCGGCUGACCGCUGAGGCUGCACUGUCCCACCCCUUCCUCCAGCAGUACGCCUGUCCACAGGAUGAGCCCACCUCUUUGCACCCCUUCCACAUAGAGGACGAGCUGGAGGACAGCCUCGUCACCGAGCACAGCCUCGGCAACAGUCAGGCCUCCAGCAUCCAGUGGGACAGGUACAAGCACAGUAUAUCAGCAGGUGUUUGCUGGCAGCAUUUAGGCGGGAGGUGUCGCUGCAUGCCUUCUGGCCUCAUAAUCUCUGACCUGGGUGACACGACGGAGGAUGAGGAGGUGCAGAGGGAUCCACGUGCCAGUUCCACUUCACUGUUAGAGGAGGCUCAGGUCGACCCUCGCAAAUAUUCCCACAGUAGCUCAGCUGAGCGCUUCUUGGAAAACUCUCAGCCCUCUCUGGAGAGGGCCUGUGGUUUGGGGUACGGGGAACUGGACUGUGGCCGCUCCUGUGACUACAAAGUGGGCUCUCCUUCAUAUCUGGAUAAAAUAGCCUGGAAGGAGGGCAAGCCUCAGCACUACUCUGAGCCCAAGCUCAUACUGGAUCUGUCUCAUUGGAAGCGCAACACAAACUUCGCUCCUGUGCCUUCUGAGCACACUGGUGACAAUGAGGAGGACCUGGGAGAGAUGAAAGUGGAGGAAGGAGAGGAGGAGGAGGAAGAGACUGGGAAUUUAUUCCAGGAGAUCUCUCGCUGGAUUCAGAGCACCCAGUCUCGUCUGCACUCACCCAGUCCAUCUUUGGAACCACAUUCACCCUCCUGCUCCACCUCCUCUCCGCCUCUCCCUCUCUCCCCAACUGACCUCCCAACUCCAGUCUUCCACUUCACAGACAUUAUGCGUGAACCCUCGGUUGAUUACGAUGACCAAAGACUAUGCCCGCCUCCACCUGUCACGUCAUCUACAAAUUCUCUUCCCUCACUCCUCCCCUCAUCUCCUACGUCUCCACUUCUCUCUCAUUCGCCUCAAACAGUUUGUCCUCCUAUCUCAUCGUUGUUUCCUCCCCCGGAACUUCAGCCUAUUACCUCUACUUCAAUUUCUCAGCCAGUAAAUGACGAGGCCUUGGAGUCACUUCCUGUCAAGCAGAAGGACCGGCUGUUUGACCUGGACGUGUUCAUAUCCCGAGCGCUGAAACUGUGUCGGCAGAAUAGAGGGAAAGCAGAUGGAAAGAGAGGAAAAGAAAAAGAGAGAGGGUGGGGGGAUGAUGGUAAACAGCCAAACAUCAAUUGGAAGUUGCCCAGGCUUCCAGAGUACAGGACUCCACCACCAAACACCCCAAACUCCUGAUGUUACAUUUCAUCUUCAGUCCUAUCACAAUGGAGGAUCAAAUGGUGGCAUUUGCAAAUGUUCACACACACACACACAGUGCUUCACAUGAUCGAUGUAAUCAGCUGAAUAUGCAGCUUAAACCUUAGUCUGACCUAAGGACUUUAAGUCUUAGCUCUUGUCCUUUUGGUACAACCGCACUGAAUGAUCCUGCAGCUUUAUCAAGAAGUGCUCGCAACAUACAAACACAUUCAGCCUUGUAAAUAUCAAGUUGUUCCCAGUUUUCUUUUCCAACUUAAUCACGUGUCAAACUUAGAUUUGAUAACAACUUAUUCUGUGACAUUGAAAGAGGGAACAGCCAUCCUGUUAAUACAACAUAUCAAGGCUAUACUGAUAACUGAUACAUUUAGCUUUUGUGUUGUUGAUAGUUUGAUUUUUUUUUUCUCCAUAAGAUCUCUUGCUGAAAUGUACGGCUGUCUUCCAAAGGUUAUGCUCACCAAAUAACGACAAUGACACUGGAAAUGCUUCCUUCAAGUUUCUCUGAAUGUAUUAACUGAGAAGUCAUCAAUCAAAUUAUGCUGCACGGUACAACAAUAGGGAUUUCAUUUGUUGAUUUUCGAAACACUCCCACAGUGGCUUGGUGAUGCUUGUCACUGAUACAUUGCCUUGUAAACUUGUACAAAGGGUUAUCUUAUUUAAUUAAUUGUAUAUUUAUUGAUACUAUUGUCUUGAAAUCCUUGUGUCUACAAUGUGUUAGGAUUAUGUUAGGAUUUUACAGUUCCAUUUUUAUGUUUUGGAGUUUGUGUUUUGUUGAAUCGUGGAAUGUUCCGUGGUAAUAAUUUAUGAUUAAUUAACAAACUUAGCUCUUGUGUGGUGAUAGAUAGUUUUCAUAUCUUCUCUGCCUGACGCGUCAAACGAGGGACGUCAUCGGUUGCACACUUAACUGUACUAUCCUCUAUAUUUACUGGACAGCUUCUCUUACUUAAUUGUCAGCCAUAGAAAAGCAAAAACAAAAAGUAGCCUAUAUUUUGCAGCCCGUGUAGGAAAUGAGUCGUGUUUGAGGCUUCUCAUUCUUGCCCAGGAAUUAUAUUUAGAUAUGGAAGCGCGUUAAACAAUUGACCUCAUUCCCAGCCCUCCACCAAAGUAACCAAAUCACUGAAAAGAUUGACAGAUGACAACAUUUGACUCUCUCAUUAGCAGACAAAAAGUGAGCAAAGGGAAACAGCAUUCAAUUUAUUCUGCUGAGCUAAUGCCAACAAGAUAUACAUACGCAUCCAUGUUCCUUUUGUUCUGCAGACACAGCCCACAGAAAACUUGGCAUGUUAAAAGAAAGAAAAGCCAACACUACAUUACAAUACUAAAACACCUUGAAUUAAGCCACAUUUAAGAUCUUUCAGCCCUGCAUCUGAUUUAAAACAAGUCCUUCAUGCCCUAUGAAAUAUUAAUUUGAGUCGCCUUAUGUGCAGUGUCCUCAAGUUCCAAGAGAAAAAUAAACUAUUACAUAUUAUUUUCUCUUUCUACGUUGAUUUUCAGCUGGUAACAGUUACUGCACAAAUAACAACACUCUUAAAAGCCAGAUUUCCAUGCUGUCUGUACCUUUUGUACAUGGCUAACUUACACCAUCAGCAGAUCAUCACUUGCACAUCAUCGUAUGACUGCCUAAGGAUUGAGCCAUAUGCAAGAACUGGCAUGAGUUCAGCCUAUGAAAAAGCCAGCUCUGUUUUAUAUUCACAAUGGACACUGAAGCACAUCAGAAUCACUAGCACAUAAAAAAAACAAAAAAAAAACAGGAGUGAAUAUUGAAACGCCACCUUGGCCAAUGUUCAGCAUUUCGCAGUAUCAACCAUUUCUGGGCAAAGGAUAGUUGGGCAAACUGUCAAAAGUGUUACAGUCAAGAAAAAAAAGUGAAAAACUGUCCCUGCAGAGCCAUCUAUCUCUUUGGAAUAGAUACAAAUGGGUUGUAGUUAAUCGAAUUAACAUCUGUAAGGUUAUAAUAGAUCUUAUUUUGCUUACUACCAUUGCCUCUACAGGUGAACUAAGCCAGCAAUAACAUAAUUGAUGUAGUGGUUACUGAGUUAAGUCUUUUAAGUAAUGCAGAAAAUGUGCCUCUGUACACCUCGAUGCUUUCACCUUGCUGAAUGUAACAUAUCCUCCUUUCCCUCCUGCAUGGCUUUCACAGCUGUUCAAGUAACUUUGUGAAAUGGUCAUAUAUUUCUUUUGUACUUUUGUGCUUCACUGAGGCUCCAGCUUCUCAUUUGAGGGAAAGCUGUGAGAUUUUUAAAUAUCGAUUGAUAGUAUCUCUUUUUGCAGUUUCCGCUUUUGCUGGGCAAUUAAUAAACCAGUGCUUCAACUAUUA